AUGUCUCCACCUUCCACCAAUGGCACCUUAGUCGCGACCCAAAACCUCACAAGCCAAAUCGCUCAAAACAAUCUCCUUUCACGAGCCUCGAAAAAUGAGAUCUGCACAGCUUUCGGUAUCAAGUUCGUGGCCGCUGGCGAGAUGAUCCAGAUUGCCAAGUCCGCCGGUUACCAUUCCCUCUUCAUCGACCUCGAGCACACUAGCCUGACCGUGAAAGAUGCGGCUCAGCUAUGCAUCACAUCAAUAGCGACUGGUAUUACACCGUUUGUCAGAGUGCCUCAUGAGUGCGGAGUGGGCAUGAUACAGCGAGUGUUGGACAAUGGCGCCAUGGGUGUCAUCGUGCCGCAUAUCCAUUCCGUUGCGGAUGCCAAACGGGUCGUUGAAGUGGCCAAGUACGCGCCUUUGGGCAAGCGUUCGUUAAGCAUGGGCUUCCCACACUGCAGGUUCAAUCCCGUGCCUCCUCACGAGUUCACACCCGAAAUGAACGCUUUUGGAUCCACCGUCUUCAUCAUGAUCGAGACUGCGGAUGCUCUCGAGGCCGUGGACGACAUUGCUGCAAUUCCUGGAUGCGAUGUCUUGCUUGUAGGCUCAAAUGAUCUGGCUCAGGAGAUCGGCACGCUUGGUGAUUGGGACUCUCCGAAGUUCAUUGAAGCACUGAGGGAUGUGGGAGCGGCGGCACAUAGACAUGGCAAACCCAUGGGCAUUGCAGGUCUGUAUCAUCGCCCUGACAUUUUGCGACAGGUCAUCAACGAAUUUGGUGGGAGAUGGAUUGUGGGAGGCCAAGACGUUGGCCUGCUCGUGCAGGCAACUAAAGCCAACAACGAUUUACUCAUGAGCCUGAAGCCAGCUAUCGAACAUCCGGCAAAGUAG